UCGUCUUUCGAUUUAUAUGUUCUACAUUAAUAGUUGUAUUAAUUUCUUGUUGUUAUUGUGUUUCCAUUAGGACUUGUAUCACUUGCAAUGGAUAAGAAGCACGUCUCCUGCAUGAACAUGCACAACAAGCGGUCCGUGAAGCUGCUCAUCGAGAAAUUCGAGUGCAUGGGCGAGAGCCAAUCUCAAGUAGCUGGCAAGCAGCAGGACUGGCAUCUACCGGCAAAUUCUGGCCGUGUUGCCGCCACUGUGGCCAAAUUCGAGCACAGCUCCUUCCUUGGCCACAAGCUAAUAGAGGCACGCCUCCAGCACACCUGCGGCGAUCAGGCCACAGAGCGCUGGCUGGCCGAACUGAAACGCAAGAUGAACGAGGUCAUGAAAGCAUCGCAGGCCAAGCUCGCGCUCGCGGACAACUCGAUACAAUCGGAGCCCGACGACGAGUCGGAGCUAGUGGACUUGCGGCAUCAGGAGCCCUUGCUAGACCCGUCAUUGAUGCCGCCGGUGCCGCCUCCGUCCGCCGCCGACGAGUUGAGUGGCGACAAGUCAAAGCAUCUGCUGACGCAAUGCUCGGAUACCAGUGUCUACAACCCAAACACUGAGCUGCCACAGGUGCCCAGCUUCAACGGAUUCGACUUCUCAGCUAGUCAAGUGCUGAUAUGUUCCCUAUCUCGCCAGGUGACGAGGAAAGUCUAUACUUGCGGCCAAGCCUUAGUUGCAAUUGGUAAAUUUCAAUUGGUUCGCUAACGCCUCGUGCCGCAUUCUGCCGACCAACCGACGCAUAGACGUGUGCUCCACCUCCAUGCAAGUGCUAUACCGAAAUUCUCGCCACCGUACAUAGUCCGCGUUUUGGCAGCUUGCCUCAUGAUUCGAUGGGAUGCAAAAGGUCACGAGUGGAGGGCGAUCAAUCAUUUCUAUGUACAUACGUCUUGUUAGACCAAUUAAAUUCCUAGUGUGAAUGCUUAUAAAUCU